AUGCUUGGUAAAAUGUUCGACCCCGCGAAUGACGCCAAACAGGAAAUCGAAAUAUUUCAAAUUCCCAUUUUAACAAGUGAGAUUGAUCUUGCUGUACAGCAAGGCGCUGCAUUGUUACAUAGCGUUGAGAUUAAAUUUUACGAAUGCGGUAGUUAUUCAAUUCAGAAACCGGAUGUCAGUUCAUGGCGUCAAGAUUUCAGCGAUACUGGAUAUGGAAUAUUGCGUAACUUUGCUGCCGAAAUUGAAAAACGGAUUUUGAUUCGGUUCCUAUCACUUAAUUGGGAGAUUAAAGAAGGCGAGAUAACUUUAAAAUUGUUCAACUUUGUUGACAGUGUUAAAGGUCAUUUAAAUUAG